AGUCAGCUGGGAACCGUCAGAGGAGUUGGUCGCUCUCCUUCACUGCUCGCAGACACACACACACACGGCUGCUUAACAACACGUACUACCAUUCCGCAAUAAAAAAAAUUAGAAACAAAGAAAACAGAAUAGUCUGCGUUUUAAUUGUGUGCUUCCUUUUGUCCCCGUUUUUAUUUUUUUAUUUCAUUUUUUGUGGUCAACUAUAGUCGCCAUCUGUGUUUGGUCCCGUUUGAUAAUCCUGAGAUAGACGCCUUUGAUCGGCCUGGCGUAUCUGACGAUUCAGUGUGUUGUUGGUGUGUUGUCAUCUCGUCGAUCACUCGAGCCCUAAAAAAAAAAUCAGGAAGUUGAACAUUCACGAGAAGAAAAGUUGAAAGGCGAACAACGACAACAGGCAACCUCCAAAAAUGGCGACGUCCGACCAGAUUCAAGGAGAGCUGGAACUUGGCUAUCAACACACGCUGAUGUACGGACGGUAUUCGCGGAGUCUCGGAGAGUAUGCGAGGCAACAAGCGGCCGAACUUCGUGAACUGGAGAAACAGCGCAAGAAGGAGGAAAAAUUGCGGAGCAAAGAGUUGCGCACCUACCGCGGCAAAUGGACUUCCCGUUUCCUGAGAGUUGUCUCCUUCAUAUGGCGUCACACUUUCGCCAAAAUUGGAGAAGACUGGGUUUUCCUUGCCUUGCUCGGUAUCAUCGUGGCCAUGCUCAGCUACAUAAUGGACUACGGAAUCGCCAUGUGCAACACCGCGCGCGUUUGGAUGUACCGUGAUUUGACGACGCAUCCGUUUUUACAGUACCUGGCCUGGAUCUGUUUGCCCGUCUUUCUCGUCCUGUUUUCGGCCGGCUUCGUUCACAUCCUGGCACCGCAAGCCAUCGGCUCGGGUAUUCCGGAGAUGAAAACCAUUUUGCGAGGUGUUGUUUUGAAAGAGUAUUUAACCUUCCGCACUGGAGUGGCUAAAGUGAUAGCGCUCACAGCUGCACUCGGCUCUGGAAUGCCAUUGGGUAAAGAGGGUCCACUGGUGCACAUUGCCAGCGUCGUGGCUACUCUCAUGUCCAAGAUGGUGACAUCUUUCAAAGGAAUUUAUGAAAAUGAAUCGAGAAAUAGCGAAAUGUUGGCCGCUGCCUGCGCUGUGGGUGUGUCGUGUAAUUUCGGCGCUCCCAUUGGAGGUGUCCUGUUCAGCAUUGAAGUGACAUCCGUUUACUUUGCCAUUCGUAAUUACUGGCGUGGAUUCUUCUCUGCCGUUUUCGGCGCUCUCAUGUUCAGGCUAAUGGCUUAUUGGUUCUCUAAUGAAGAAACUUUCACUGCCAUCUUCAGAACAGAUUACCAAGUAGACUUUCCGUACGAUCCUCAGGAACUUUUUAUCUACGCUCUUGUCGGUGCAUUUGGUGGGUUGAGUGGAGCAGCUUUUAUCUUGUUCCAUCGGCGAUACGUCUUGUUUAUGCGAAAGAACAAGAGAAUCAGCUCAUUCUUGCAGAAAAACCGUUUCAUCUAUCCUGGUCUGAUGUCGCUCUUCAUUACCACCUUGUACUUCCCUUUGGGUAUGGGCCAGUUCCUCGCUUCGACGCUAUCCACUCGCACGCAAAUUCUGCAUUUAUUUUCCAAUUUCACUUGGGUCAGCGAUGACUUGACGGUAGAACAAGCUGAAAUUGUUUCCCAUUGGGUCACGGACAGUUGCAGUAUCUUUGUCAACUUGAGUCUUUACAUGUUGGUCACCUUCUUUACCACCAUUUGGGCUUCCACAUUGCCCGUUCCCUCCGGUACCGUGAUUCCCAUUUUCAAAAUGGGAGCGGCCUUUGGUCGGAUGAUUGGAGAAGCCAUGCAUCUUUGGUUUCCGGAAGGUGUGCGUAUCGGAGGCGCCUUGUCGCCUAUUUUGCCGGGAGGCUACGCCAUUGUUGGAGCCGCCGCAUUUUCUGCCGGCGUGACCCAUUCCAUUUCCAUCUGUGUCGUCGUUGCGGAAAUGACGGGCCAAAUUCGCCAUAUUAUCCCUGUUAUGAUUGCCGUCUUGGUUUCCAACGCCAUUUCAACUCUCCUUCAACCGUCUCUCUACGAUUCCAUCAUCAUGAUUAAGAAACUGCCUUACUUGCCCGACAUUAUCUCGUCCAGCAGUGCUGCCUACAACAUUUUCGUCGAAGAUUUCAUGGUUGGAAAUAUCAAGUACAUCUACAACGGCAUGUCGUACAAAGAACUGAAGAACAACAUAAGAGAAAGCCGUCGCGUUCGUGCCUUCCCUCUAGUCGAUAAUCCAACUAACAUGAUCUUGCUCGGUUCUAUCCAGCGAACAGAGUUGAUUGGUCUUAUCGAGAGACAUAUCGGUCGUGACCGACGAUUGCAAGUUGCUGCUAAAAGACAAAAAGAGGCACGAGUCAGAAUGUACGAGGAAGCCAUGACGUCCUUGCAACUCGAUCCACCACCGUUCAGCAGAGUCAGCUUGGCACUACCAGCACCACCCGCAAGUGCUUUAGCCGCCGAAGAUCCAACCAAGAAGCCCGCUGAAAGACGGCCGUCUCGAUUCGAAGUAGUCAUGGCAGCAGAAAUGUCGCCCGCUGCCGAUAGUCAAUCACCUGGAACCGAACCCAUGACGCCCAGUUCCAUCCAAUCGACUGACAAUGAGGAGAGAACCUCUUUGGGCAGCCGUCCCCAGAAGUCCAUUCUGAAGAGAACAAAUUCUCAAACUUUGAAGUUCGCUGGACCGAUGGCCACCCCUACGUUAACACCUUAUUCAACCGUCACCGGAGCUGAGGGAAGUAAAUUCCGUGCGGCUAUUGGAGCGUUCAUUCGAAAAUCAUCGACCAUGCUGGAUACGUCUAAAUUCGAUUUCAGUGGCGUCAGCGGUAGUGGAACAUCAUUGCCAACCAGCCCUACGCCUUAUAAGAAGGUCACACUGCCGAGAGAGAGGGUGAUCGACAUGACUCCGGAAGAGCAAAAACAAUGGGAAGAAAGCGAAAUGUUGCAGCCAGUGGAUUUCCAGAAAUUGCACGUCGAUCCUGCUCCCUUCCAGCUGGUUGAACGUACCUCGCUGCUCAAAGUUCACUCCAUGUUCUCGUUGUUGGGCGUGAAUCACGCCUAUGUCACCACUACUGGCAGGCUUAUGGGAAUCGUUUCACUUAAAGAGUUACGCAAAGCCAUUGAAGAUGUCAACUCAGGUAUCGUCCCACACAGCCACAACUUGCCAAGUCAACCCAUUCAUCACGGAAGGGACGUUUCACCUGGUGCUCCUAUCGAUAUUGAACAUGGACCUGAGCCUCCAGGUUUCGACGAUUCCGACUCGGAUUCUGAUGAUACAGAUUACGUUGUCGGUCCAGGCAAUUCAAUUGCGGUAGUGCCAUCCACGGCUACUUGUUCUUCUAUUGUGCCAGACGACUCAUCCGAUAAUGGGUCAACUGGCAUUUGCAUAACAAGCGAUUCGCAAGAUAACAGCAUCAAACUGCGGGUCACUAGUGCUAGCUCUUCUGAUGAUGGUACUGAUGAAACCGAAAGAAAGUCUUAAAAAACUCGUUUCUUUAUUUUUGAAAUUACGAAACACUUUUUUUUUUUGUAAUGUUUGUCAAACUGAUUAGCUAUAGAAGUAGCACUAAUGAGGUGUAUCGGUAUUAUUCCUAGCGAAUAGCCAGUGAAUUAGAUGUGUGAAUCAACGAAGAAAGAUACAGUGCCUUGCCUUUUGUGUCUUAAAAAACACCAUGCACCCGGUUUUCAGAAAAUCCAAACGAAAUCAAUGUGGUGUAGCCAAUUUUAUUGUUUUUAAAAAACAAAACUGUAUUCCCGAUAGAUGUGUGUGUGUGUGUGUGUUUAGGUGCGUAUUCGUUUUGAACCUCGUGAACCUGGAACGUGUGCUUGUAUUUUGUCUCUUCAAUGUUUUAAUCUUUCCCUCGACCAACCCAUCCCACUUAUAGAUUGCAAACAAAUCUGUUUUAAUAUUUUUUGGCUGUUUCCUCGCAAGUUUUAAAUGAAGUACCACAACUGUAUUAAAUUGUAUCAUUUUAGUAGUGUAGAACGUUAUACAUGCUCGAUUCGUUUCGAAAAGACCAGCAGCAUGCACGUAUAUGGAUUUACCCGUAUGAAAUAGAGCGUUUUUUUAUUAGAUAUAUUUCUAUGGGGACGCAUCUCAUAAUUCAUUCCCUGAUCUUUUCUGAACCUUGAAUCCGUCUCUUCUGCCCCUAUGUUUCAACUAUUUGUGAGUAUGGUAGAAUUGUUGUCGAAAAGAAUUUAGACCUUUCCUGUACAUGUAAUUGGUAUAGAGUGAUUGUAUGCAAGUGAUUUGAACAACACAAUAAUAACCCAUACACAUAUAUUCAAUAGACCGCCUUCCACGAAAUCAAGAAACGCUUUUUGAUGCAUUUUUAACGUCCGUCGUCUGGCCUUUAACCAUUUUCCUUUCUCUAAUAACCGAUUUCCAGUUGUGUUAUACAGAUUAUGUACGCCACCGGUGUAAAAUUUUGGCAAAUAAAUCAUCCUUUAAAUGUG